CAUUUGAAACAGUGUAUCAUCAUAGAAUUCAAUUCAACGAGAGAGAGAGAGAAGGAAGGGAUCAUGGGAGCAAUCACCGGUGCAGUGAUCGCAGUGGUAGGAGUGAUUCUAGGUUGGAUCACUAUCGAGAUAGCUUGUAAACCCUGCCUCGAACAAGGUCGUCAAGCCAUCGAUCGCAAUCUCAACCCUGAUUACGAUCCCGACGACGAAGACAGCGCCGCCGCCGUUCGAGCACCACUCAAUCCCGCCCCCGUCGCCGCUAAAACCGUUUCAUAAGUGGUAUUCACUUUUGUGUGUAUUAUAUAUAUAUAUAUAUAUUUGAUUUGAGAUAUCAUAUCAAUGAGUUGUUAAUGGAUUCAGAUAUUCUUCUUGAAUUAUUAUGAAUGAAUGUUAAUGAAUAACUGUAUGUAUAAUAGAGUGAUCAAGAUUUCUUGUGGUUAAUUUAGCUAUUUCUUACUUUUUACUGAAA